AUCUAGAUAUAUCCAACUCCUAUCCAGCUCAUGCCUUUGUCCAUGACUAUACCUCCAAGUCCUCUAGCCCAGCUUCCCAAAGGAAUUUCAUGUGUUUCAGCCCCCAAGCUCUUCCCUGUGGUCUUCAACUUGGUCAAGGUGUUCAUGAGUGAGGAAACACAAAGGAAGAUAGUGAUUCUGGGAGGCAACUGGAAGCAGGAGCUGCAAAAGUUCGUCAGCCCUGACCAGCUUCCCGUGGAGUUUGGGGGGACCAUGACUGAUCCUGAUGGCAACCCCAAGUGCCUGACCAAGAUCAACUAUGGGGGUGAGGUGCCCAAGAGCUACUACCUGCGCAACCAGGUGAAGAUGCAGUAUGAGCACAAGAUGACUGUGGCCCGAGGCUCC